AUGACCUCCACUGCAGCCCCCCACUCACGACGACACUACUACACCACAACAAUCACCACGGGUAACACUGGCUGGUGGCUGAACCUCGGACCAACCGACUGGAGCAGUUGCUUUCCAACCAGCUAUGAAACAAACACUGAAUUCUACUACUCCCCGGGCGUCUGCCCAUCUGGAUACUGGGCCGCUGGUCAGGGGGUUUCGACAAUCGAUGCAAACGAAGAGGAAACGCAUGCCACCUGCUGCCCUAAUAAUUAUAUCGUACAAACCGAGUCCCCCACGUUAGAUUGGCAAAAGACAAACCUAUGCUCUUCCCGAAAUACCCACUCAACCGUUUGGUACUACACGCAAGGGGGCACAACAACAAGCUUGACGACGACAGCGGAUGGCAUCAACGCGAAAGGGAUCUCUAUUCGCUGGCGAUCGGCUGAUUUUGCGGCGCAAUCAACCAGCGCUAGCGCGAGUGAUACCCCCGCGACCGCGACUGCGACUGCCACCGCGACUGGGACGUCAACAAACCCUGCGGACGACUCAACGCAAUCGAGUGGACUUUCAACAGGGGCAAAGGCUGGGAUUGCAAUCGGUGUUGCCGUUGGUGCCAUUGCGAUCAUUACCGUCCUUGCUCUUCUCUGGAUGCGACGAAGGAAAGAAAGACUAAAUGCCCAGGUGGAUCGACCAGCUCCACAGAGUCCACAACCACGGGAGCUUGACGGGUCGCAUGCAUUCCAAGAAAUGCCCUCGGGUAGGCUCCCGGCAGAGCUAGGACCGGAGCCUGAGAUAAAGCCCCAUUAUGUAUCAGAGCUACCGACUGGUCGGGAUUGA